AGCAGCGGCCCCUCCCCCUGCCCACUCGGCGCCGUCUCGCACCGACGGGACCCGAAGCCUCUGCGCUCGGGAAGAGUCCGGCGAGGGGGCCCGACGCGCGGUCAGUGGAGAGGAGCACCCAGAGUUGGGCUGAAGACAUCUGAAGACAGGGAGAAGAGCCGAAAUAAUCAGACCUCAGAGGGUACUUACGUGCUAAGAGGAUGUCGGGGCGCACGGGCGCUGCCAAGAUGCUCCCAGGCCCCUGCUUCGCCCUCCUGCUCUGGGGGCUCCUGGGGGCCGUCCACGCUCAGCAGCAGGAGGUCAUCAGCCCCAGCACCUCCGAGAGGAACAGCUGCCCAGAGAAGGCCGACUGCCCGGUCCACGUGUACUUCGUGCUGGACACGUCGGAGAGCAUCACCAUGCAGUCCCCCACCGACAGCCUGCUCUACCACAUGCAGCAGUUCGUGCUGCAGUUCAUCAGCCAGCUGCAGGACGAGCUCUACCUGGACCAGGUGGCCCUGAGCUGGCGCUACGGCGGCCUGCACUUCUCCGACCUGGUGGAGGUGUUCAGCCCGCCCGGCAGCGACCGGGCCUCCUUCACCAAGAGCCUGCAGGGCAUCAGCUCCUUCCGCCGCGGCACCUUCACGGACUGCAUGCUGGCCAACAUGACCCAGGAGGUCCGGCAGCACGUGGGCAAGGGGGUGGUCAACUUCGCGGUGAUCAUCACCGAUGGCCACGUCACGGGCAGCCCGUGCGGGGGCAUCAAGCUGCAGGCCGAGCGGGCCCGCGAGGAGGGCAUCCGGCUCUUCGCGGUGCCGCCCAACCUGAAGCUGAACGAGCAGGGCCUGCGGGACAUCGCCAACACGCCGCACGAGCUCUACCGGAACAACUACGCCACCAUGCGGCCCGACUCCACCGAGAUCGACCAGGACACCGUCAACCGCAUCAUCAAGGUCAUGAAACAUGAAGCCUACGGACAGUGCUACAAGGUGAGCUGUCUGGAGAUCCCCGGGCCCCCCGGCCCCAAGGGCUACCGCGGACAGAAGGGCGCCAAGGGCAACAUGGGUGAGCGAGAGCCUGGACAGAAGGGGCGACAGGGAGAUCCAGGCAUCGAAGGCCCCAUUGGAUUCCCAGGACCCAAGGGUGUUCCUGGUUUCAAAGGAGAGAAGGGCGAGUUUGGAGCCGAGGGCUCCAGGGGCGCCCCCGGCCUGGCGGGCAAGAACGGGACGGAUGGACAGAAGGGCAAGUUGGGGCGCAUCGGACCUCCUGGCUGCAAGGGAGACUCCGGGGAUCGGGGCCCGGAUGGUUACGUGGGGGAAGCCGGCAGCCCUGGUGAGCCAGGAGAUCAAGGGCUCCAAGGGGGACCCUGGCCGCCCGGACGCAGAGGGCCCCCGGGGGAAAGCGGGGCAAAAGGAAGCAAGGGCUACCAAGGCAACACCGGAGCCCCCGGAAGUCCCGGCCUGAAAGGAGCCAAGGGUGGGCCUGGGCCCCGAGGCCCCAAAGGCGAGCCCGGGCGCAGGGGAGACCCUGGAAAAGGCAGCCCAGGCAGCGAUGGCCCCAAGGGCGAGAAGGGGGACCCUGGCCCUGAGGGGCCCCGGGGCCUGGCUGGAGAGGUUGGCAACAAGGGAGCCAAGGGAGACCGAGGUUUACCUGGACCCAGAGGUCCCCAGGGGACUGUUGGAGAGCCCGGGAAGCAGGGAUCUCGGGGAGACCCUGGGGACGCUGGCCCCCGCGGAGACUCAGGAGAGCCUGGCCCCAAGGGAGACCCCGGCAGGCCUGGCUUCAGCUAUCCGGGACCCCGAGGAGCACCUGGAGAGAAAGGCGAGCCUGGCCCCCGCGGCCCCGAGGGGGGCAGAGGUGACUUCGGGUCCAAAGGAGAACCCGGGAGGAAAGGCCAGAAGGGCGAGCCUGCAGAUCCUGGUCCCCCUGGUGAGCCAGGCCCGCGGGGGCAGAGAGGAGCGCCAGGACCCGAGGGAGAGCCUGGCCCCCCAGGAGAUCCCGGCCUCACGGAGUGCGACGUCAUGACCUACGUGAGGGAGACGUGCGGGUGCUGUGACUGUGAGAAGCGCUGUGGCGCUCUGGACGUGGUGUUCGUCAUCGACAGCUCCGAGAGCAUCGGCUACACCAACUUCACCUUGGAGAAGAACUUCGUCAUCAACGUGGUCAACAGGCUGGGGGCCAUCGCCAAGGACCCCAAGUCGGAGACGGGGACCCGCGUGGGCGUCGUGCAGUACAGCCACGACGGCACCUUCGAGGCCAUCCAGCUGGACGACGAGCGCAUCGACUCACUCUCCAGCUUCAAGGAGGCCGUCAAGAACCUUGAGUGGAUCGCAGGCGGCACCUGGACGCCCUCGGCCCUCAAGUUCGCCUACAACCAGCUCAUCAAGGAGAGCCGGCGCCAGAAGACCCGCGUGUUCGCGGUGGUCAUCACGGACGGCCGCCACGACCCCCGCGACGACGACCUCAACCUGCGGGCGCUGUGCAACCACGACGUGACGGUGACGGCCAUCGGCAUCGGGGACAUGUUCCACGAGAAGCACGAGAGCGAGAACCUGUACUCCAUCGCCUGCGACAAGCCUCAGCAGGUGCGCAACAUGACGCUCUUCUCCGACCUGGUGGCCGAGAAGUUCAUCGACGACAUGGAGGACGUGCUGUGCCCGGACCCCCAGAUCGUGUGCCCGGACCUUCCCUGCCAAACAGAGCUGUACGUGGCCCAGUGCACGCAGCGGCCCGUGGACAUCGUCUUCCUGCUGGACGGCUCCGAGCGGCUGGGCGAGCAGAACUUCCACAAGGCGCGGCGCUUCGUGGAGGAGGUGUCCCGGCGGCUGACCCUGGCGCGCAGGGACGACGACCCGCUCAACGCGCGCGUGGCGCUGCUGCAGUUCGGAGGCCCGCGCGAGCAGCAGGUGGCCUUCCCGCUGACCUCCAACCUGACCGUCAUCCAGGAGGCGCUGGCGAGCGCGCGCUACCUCAACUCCUUCUCGCACGUGGGCGCGGGCAUCGUGCACGCCAUCAACCAGGUGGUGCGCGGCGCGCGGGCCGGGGCGCGCCGCCACGCCGAGCUGGACUUCGUGUUCCUCACGGACGGCGUCACGGGCAACGACAGCCUGGAGGAGGCGGUGCACUCCAUGCGCAAGCAGAACGUGGUGCCCACCGUGGUGGCCGUGGGCAGCGACGUGGACGCGGACGUGCUCUCCAAGAUCAGCCUGGGCGACCCGGCGGCCGUCUUCCGCGAGAAGGACUACGACAGCCUGGCCCAGCCUGGCUUCUUCGACAGGUUCAUCCGCUGGAUCUGCUAGCGCCCCCUGCCCGGCCCCACCACCAGACCCGCGACCCCUGCCCCGCGGGCGCUGUCCUCCUGUCCGUGGUGCUACUCAGACCCCACCUGAGAGGUCCGGCGCACUGAGGGCUCAAUCUCUCCACGUGUGGGUGUAAAGUCAGGAGCGGAGGACCCCCGCCCACCCCAGCUCCUACCGGGGAUCCCGCAGCCCUGGACACCCUGAGCGCAUUCCUCUCUUCACCAUUCACCCUUGUCCUGCCCUCUGUGCCCUCCUGGGACCCCAGAGGCUUCCCGGGGAGCACAUCUGGGGCUGGCCUCCCUCAGCCCAGCCUCACUCCCAGACUUGUCCUCCCCCGAGUGCCCUCCAGAGGCUCUCUGCCAGCCCUCCUGGCCCCGCUCCCAGGUCUCUGGGCGUCACCUGCCCCAUCAGACUGAGCUGUGACAGCAGGCCCUGCACCUCCCUGUGUGCACACACCCCAGUCCAAUAAAGGCUUUGAACCCCGCUUG